AUGUCUGGGGAUCCAGUGGAGCCUGAAGUUCUUGAGAAUAUAAAUUGCAUCACACCUAAAUGGAGGGUGGGGAAGAGAGUUGCUAUAACUGGCCAUUUUCUGGAUAGGUACCUUUAUCCUCCUCGCUGUCUUGUUGUUCCUGAGAACACAUCUCAUAGAGGGCAGCUUCUUGCAAGCAAGCUUUCAGUUGAAAGAUAUAUCCAGUCUGUGAACCCUAAUGUAAACGUUGAUGCAUUUUUUGCCUCAUUCUGUUGGAAGAUACCAGCAAAAAAGUCGGCCUCAGCGCAAGGUGUGCGAGGAAGACAAGAUCCAUGCCCUCUUCCCUCAAAAGAGACGAAAGAAUGCACAGCAUCUGAUUCCCAGAUUGUGGGUUGCAAGGCUGGAAAUAUAAACUGUAAUAGUUUAUCUCUUGUAGAAAACUCAUCUUUAUUAAAAUCCAUGUCCUGUGAUAUUUGCUGCAGCGAAUCUCGGUUUUGCCGCGAUUGCUGCUGUAUACUUUGUUCCAAGAUUAUAGACAUGACCAGGAAAAGUUAUAGCUAUAUUAAAUGUGAAGCAAAGGUAGGUGAUGGGGAUAUUUGUGGACAUCAUGCUCAUAUAAAAUGUGGUCUCAAAUCAUAUAUGGCUGGGACAGUUAGGGGGAGCAUUGGAUUGGAUGCUGAGUAUUAUUGUCGACGUUGUGAUGCUAGAACAGAUUUGGUAUCACAUGUUGAAACAUUUUUGCAGUUAUGUCUAUCAACCGAUUGUUGUGAUGACAUUGAGGAGUUCUUAGGCAUUGGUUUCCGCAUUUUGCGUGGUUCACACAAAAUGAGAGCAAAGGAACUGUUGAGACAUAUUGAAUUGAACAUUGCAAAGCUUAAAACUGGGACUUGCUUGGAACAUAUAUGGAAGAUGGAUGAAGACAUCUCAGCGAAUUGCACUGAUGCAAAUGGUAGCGCGAAUUCUACAGAAAGUUCUCAUGGCACUUCAGACUCCUUUAUAAGCUCAGAAUGGACUAUGUCCACCCCUUUUGAUCAUUGGACUGAAUCCCUAAAACUGGAAGACGAGAUUGAACAGGUUCUGCAGGCACUGAAGAGAUCACAAGAGUUCGAGUACAGUUUGGCAGAAGAAAAGCUUCUGUUACAUAAAAAUUAUCUACAUAAUCUAUUUCUGCAACUCGGCAAGGAACAAACUGAACUCAGACAUCGAACGUCAUCAACUAGACAAAAGGCCUUUCAGAAUAAUGUAACAAAUAGAGUGGAUCAAAUAAAACGAGAAGUAAAGAAACUGAAGAGAAUGGAAAAGGUUGCUGAUGGAUUUGGACGAACUCCUAAAGAUAUCCUGAAGGAGGACUUUGGUUUUGAAGUUGAUUAGACAGACAUGGGCACCAUUGGCCAUUAUGAUUCAUUUAGCCUUUAUAUAGUCGGUCUUUAUCAGGUGUUUACUGUGUAUCAUAUGGCUUCACAUGAAGCGAGGUACAACGAAAAGGCGUCAACUUCUCAACAAGCUGGAUUCUGCAAUCAAAAUACCGAAACUAUGGAGUCAUGGAGUUGACUGAAAAAGUGUAGAGUAGAGAUAUCUUGGUGCAUUACCCUCUGCAACGAGUUUUCACGAUGAACAAAUGAGAUCAAUUAUGUUUUGAAUUCUUGAGAACAUUGGACCUCUUCUCAGAUAAAGUUCUUCGUCUCCACUGGUUGCUCGAUGGAUUGCUUGUCAUUGGCUUCCAACUCAGUAAGGAUCCUGUCUGUCUGGUUCAGGCUUCUUAUCGCUGCUUGCAGAAGAGUGCUUCAAUUUUCUACCCAUCCUUGUGCAAUAAAACACAGGAGUACAUAUGCUUCUCUAACAUCAAAUAUUUAUACUUUGACUGAUAACCAUCUCGUGUUCAAGCGAUACCAAACAUGACCCACAUGAACAUUAAAAAGACAAAGAUAUCAAGGAGCAUUGCAUGCAGGCAGUCGUUUCCCAAAUAAACAGAUGAACAAUCAAAGGGGAAAAAUGGCAGAUAUGAACAGGCUUAAUAAAAGAAGGUUUUAUGUAAAUCUUUGCGCCACAUUAUGGUUGCAAAUUUCAAAACCAAAAAGUAAGGAGCAUAUGAACACAUAUAGGACCCAUAAAUGGACAAGAAAGAAGCAAUACUUUCCAAGCCAAGAGAAUUAUUACAAGUGCUUCAGAACAUGGCUAAACCACUAAGAAAAUGCGUUGGCAAAUCAAAGCAAAGGGAGAGCAUGAAAACAACAUCUUCUGUGUAGAACUAUCCAGUUGAGCUAUCAAAUGAAACCCAUAUUUCAAACAUGGGGUACUCAACUCGAGCUGGUGUUACGUUUUUGCAAGUUAUUGUAAUGGAUUCAUUUGAUUUGGGUUUUCAUUCUAAAUAUCAUUUAAUGGGUCAUGAACUGAUUCAGCAAUGGAAAACUAACAGGAAAUCUGGAAGAACAUUGAUAAUGAUGUAGUAAAUUUCCAGCACUUAGUACANAAA